AUGAGCCUGAUUCCCAUCAUCUGCACCCACGAGGUGUCCCCUACUGUUAUCACGUCCAUCCUUUCAACAGCAUACGAGGCUUCAAGCAAAAUCGAUUCACCUCCAAGCCUUAUUCUUAUCAUGACAGCCGACGCGGCCGAACUCCAGAAGUACACAGAAGACUCAGUCACUAUGCCGCCGGUUGAGUCCCUCCAGUAUCCUUUCCUCGGCUGGGACAUAGGCAAGAUCGCCGAGUUCCUACAGGAGGACGCAUCAGAAACUGUAGUAGAUUAUACUACAUUCCUUGUUGCCGACGAGAAGACAGCCUCAGAUGAGGAUACCCUGCUCCUUAUUUACAGUAUUGAAGAUUCGCUGGAGAGUAUACGGCUCUGUGCUAGCUAUGCCAACAGUCAGGCUGUGUCAGUCUCCAUUGCAACCACGGAUGUGGGCGAGUUGUGGAGCCUGGCAGAUGAGGAUGGGGUGUACAGAGGUGGUCCGCAACGCCCGCCGCCCAGAAAGGGUGGGGAAGCGCCCAGAAAGCAGUUGUAA